UUUGGAUUCUCAUCAUCCACAUCAUUCUCUUGGAGAUGUAACGCAUAUUGGAGUUCAAUAUUUUCUCUAUCUCUUAAAACUAACCUAGUGCCUACUGUGAGUGCCUUUUGCACGUGGUUCUUGGGGAGCACCACGUCUGGUUUGGAAUACCCCCACUUAACAGUGUUUAGGAUUAUAUAUUAGUAUCCUACAACAUGUACAGUCCACAUUAUCUGUUUGUUUUGUGUUUUCUUAUCAAUAUUUUCAACAGUAGUGCUACUGUGCCAAAAGCUGAAAAGAAACAGUGGCAAGAUGAUCCAAUAGCAGAUGAUGAACCGAAAAUUGAAGGGGGAUAUUCUUCUGGGACUGACUAUUCAACAGGAGAUGUCAAUAGCUACUCUUCAGGGGGUGAAUAUUCUGGAGGAGAUAUAGGUUUUGGUGGUGGGUAUGGAAACAACUUCGGCGGUGAAGUUGGCAACGGUGGAUACAGCGCAGAUAUUCACGGAAGCUCCUUUACUGGUGAUGUUAACAACAAUGGUUACGGUGCUGACGUCCACAGCAAUGGGUUUGGCAACGGUAAUGGGUAUGGUACCGAUGUUCAUAGCAAUGGAUUUGGCGGUGGUGUCAGCAACAGCGGCUAUGCUUUAGAUAUCCACAGCAAUGCUGGUAGCAGUGGAUUCGGCGGCGUUAGCAAUAACGGAUAUGGUACAGGUAUCCAUAAUAAUGCUGGUAGCAGUGGAUUUUCAAGUGAUAUUGGCAGCAGUGGAUACAGCACAGACACGCAGAGCAAAGACUUUGGCGGCUUUCACGGAAAUGGUUUUGGCGGAGAUAACACUGGAUUCGGAGGGAACCUUCAUAGUGGAGGAUUUGGAGGUGAUCUACAUAAUGAAGGAUGGGAGAGACCCGUAAAAACAGUUGUGAAACACAUCGUAAAGAACAUCGCUGUUCCUCACCCGAUUCCGGCUCCUGUCCAAGUACCAGUUCCAAAGUACAUCAAAUAUUUCAAACCGUUUGCUAUAGCAAAACCUGUAGCAAUACCUCACGUGAUUCCUGUAAUCAAGCAUGUCCAGAAACCGAUUCCUUACUUCACUUCAUUUCCUGUCCAGCAAACCGUUCCUGUACCUAAAUUUAUCAGCCUGCCGAUUCCAGUUCGAGUUCCAAAGCCAGUAUUCAUCCACGUGCCAAAGGUUGUUCCAGUGGCUAAGAAGUUCCCCGUACGAGUACAAGUAAAAGUGCCCAAGCCUUUUAUUGUACCUGUCUACAAGCAUGUUCCUGUGCCUAUUCCCCACAAAGUGCCUAAAAUUAUCAACGUUAUAAAAGAAGUGCCACAUUAUGUCAAGAAACAUGUUCCAGUAUACGUGGAUUCACAUUUACCUGAUUAUGGAAAUGGCAACACAUUUACUGGUAGCAGUUACAGCAAUCAUUAUGACAGCGAUUUUGGAAAUGGGUACAGCAGUGAUGGCGACAACUUUUUUGGUGGAAACCAAGGAAGCUCCCUUCAUCAGGAUGGGCCUUACAAUAGCUUUGCGUUUGAUUACGGAAAAGGUGGUAGUGAUGACUUUGGAUCGCAUCAGAGUUAUAGUAAUAUGCAACAGAACAUUGAUUUAAACGCUGCGCAAUUUAAUGAAAGAGAGAAACUGAAUUUCCAACAGCAGGGGAAAAAUUUCCAUCAAAGGCCUUUCUAUCCACCCCAGUCAUAUCCCCGGGCUCAUCGCUUGCAAACUAACAACGCUAACAACGGAAUAACUAAAAGCCAAAUGUAUUCUAACAACCACAAUUCUAAUAUCAACAAACACCCUGCUGGUGUACACGGGACAAGCUAUGAACUGGAUGCCGAUGUCAGUCCCCGUGGUGUGAAGAUAAACGAUGCUCCUUAUAGCUCAGAGAUUGCACCAACUAAUUACAACCAAAAUGGGCAGGAUAACGCACCAAAUGGUCUUUACUACAACAAUGGGCAAGCAAUUAAUGACGGUAGAGAAAAUUUAGGCUCAAACAAUUAUGCAAGUAAUACUUACGGUUCCCAGCAACUAUCUAGCAAUCCUCAGUAUACUCAGUCUUCAACACAAUAUUCACAACCUGUAUAUAAUCCUGCAGGAUAUGCUGAAUAUCUAAUGAGCCAACAGCAAAGUAAUCAACAGCCUGAAUAUUCUCAGAGUAAUAUCUCGCAGUAUUCACAAUCUUACGAAACGAGUAAAACAGCUCAGGACAGUCUUCAAAAUGUAAUGGCACAAGCUUCCAAUCAAGGAAUUGCAUCACAAAUAUCCAGUCAAGGAGUCAUGUCACUACCCAGUCAAGGAGUUAUGUCACAUAUGUCUAAUCAAGGUGUCACGACUCAAGCGGAUGCCCAAAGUAUGAUGUCGCAAUCUAGUCCAGGGCUGAUGAAUCAACAACCCAGUCACAGUACAAUGUCUCAAAUGUCUAAUCAAGGAAUGGGAUCACAAUCAUCAAAUCAAGGCCUAAAUAAUCAAGAAUCUAACCAAAAUAUGAAACAACAGGUGUCUAACCAAGGUAUGAUGGCACAAGCUUCUGAUCAAGGCAUGUUGACACAAGCAUCAAAAACGCAAAACUAUUAUCAGCAAUAUCCAUCUAAUACUUUUAACAAUGGAUUCAGAUCUUCACAACAAAUGAAUGGAUUUAGCAAUAUUCCACAAAUAGAACAAUAUUCAAAUUAUAACGCUCCAAAGCCGAAAUAUCCAGAAAAACAAAAUUAUGAUUUUGAUAACAUGUACAAACAAGUAAAUGAGUAUCAAAUGGGCCGUGGCAAUUCUCUACCAUGGCAGACAAAUAAUUAUCAGAAUCAAAAUACGAAAGACAAUAAUUUUCAACAAUUCCAACAAUACAACCAGCACUUAUUUGGGCAAACACCUACGCAAAAUAAUGAAGGACUGAAAAAUGGUUUUUUUAAUAGUCCAGGUAGUCUGAAACCGGGUUCUCAAGCCAUAUCUUCCAUAAACACUGAACCAAAAAAUAAUUUCCAUAACUUUAAUGAUUACUUACCAUCUGGCUCUUCUGCUAGUAGUAGUAGUUACAGCAAUAGUUACAGUCCGCCACAUGCUGGAUUCCAGGCUAGCAGCAGCGAAAACACGAUGUUUAGGCAAAAUGAAAAAUUUGAUCAAAGUUCCAGUCAAAAUUCCUACUCCUCAAGCUCAAAUAUUGCUGUUCCUGGGCUUUUUACACCUUCUGGUUCUUCAGUGUCAUACAGUAGCAAUGCAUAUGGAAACAAUUAUGGUGAUGCUCGAAGUUACUCACCGCAAGCCACGAAUGAAGUCUACAGUCAUAGCCAUGGUUCUCAAAUGACAAAUUCAGUUAGUAAAAAUCAUCCAACUUCAGCAUCAACUAGUCAUUCCACUCAUAUUGGUUCGGGAACCUAUAGUCAACCAUCUAGUUCCUUAAGUAGCUAUUCAAGUAAAAGCUAUUCAAACAGCAAUUCCUAUGACGCUUCUUCUCAAGCUUCUUACCAAAGCCCAUCAUUUGAGUUUUCUCCUCCUGAACCGUCUUUUGAAUUCUCCCCUCAAGCAACCUAUCAGAUGCCAGUUCAAUCUAAACCAGAAAUGCCAUUAUUUAGCCAAAAUGAAUCUGAAACAUUAACCUCUUUCAGCAACACCAAACCGUUGUUAACAAAUCCAGGGAUUUCGACUUCGUACAGCUACAGUUACAGUCAGCAAGUUAGUGAUGAAAUACCCGACUCCUCAAGCUCAGCAAUAACCAAUCCCAUUUUAAAUAUUGGCCUACCUAAAACAUUUUCGCAACUCCAAAGCGCGCAGCAGUCACAGAAUCGUGAACAAAACGAUCCAUUUGCCUUGCAUGCAAAGUCUGGUACCAAAGCACAAAGUUCCAAUGCCCUUCAGAAUUCCAAACUGGAUGAAAUGGAAGAGCAUGUCCAGUCAUCAGCCAGCUCAAUCAUUAAAUUCUAUACUAAUUCUCCAGAUUCUGAAGAAGGUAAGAAAGGUCAAUCAUUUACAUUUAUGGAUUCAAGUGCUUUAGAAUCUUCACCAUCCGCCACUUUCUAUCAUCCGGAUGACCCAACAUCCAGUUCAAAAAUAGGCUACAGCAGUGAAGACCUGAAGAUUGUCCAAGGUCCAUCUUAUGGUCAAGACCCUGCUGAGCCUCUUCAGACAUCGCUGGAUGCGUAUGUUCCCGCUCAACCAAUAUAUCAGGCUUCCAGUAGCGAUCAAAAUACAGUGUAUAAAGAAGCUGUAAGUGAAAAUGAUGGUGUUUAUAAAGAAGCCGCCAGCAUAGCUUCUGAAUCGAACACUAAUAAAUCGCGGUGAAAACUCCAGAAUGAAACGUUGUUUUAUAUAAGACCAUUCUGUGCAGUGAAAUUCGAGCUCAAAAUAUUACAUGUUCCUGUUACUUCAUCAGAUAAGUUGAAAUUUGAAACUCUAGUUACCCAUCCCAUGUGAUAACGUCGUACGAGAAAUACGCACAAACUUUGCAAACGAUUAAAUGAUGGUGGCCGUCAUAUUGUUUCACAAGAUUCAUUGUCUUAAAUAUAGUAAAUAUAGUAACAUGAUAAGCAUAAUAUUGCUCUUAGCUAGGAGUAUCGAACACAAGUGAAAAAGUGUGCUAUUAUCACCUAUUGACGCUAGACGUCAAAAAACUGUUUUGUACAUAUGUUUCCUUUAAUGUCUUCUUGAUAUUUAAUGUUUUCUUGAUUUUCUUGAUAUUUGUUACUUGAUAUUUCCAAAAAACUGUGCGAACAGAUUUUGAAGACCAAUAAAUUUAUUAUGAUAUUUUAAA